UCAUUGCGGAAAAGCCUUCUGCCGCGAUGAGACGUUUCAAAUAGUUUCACCCGUGGCAAACGGAUGGAGUUGUUUCAAGGAAAUGGAUGCGGAAUCGGAACAGGAAAAAUUAGUAAAAACCUUCGUUGAAAUCGCGAGGAAAAGUUUUGUCGUCAUGCAUUUAAGCGACUAAUAGAUGUAUCAAUUUUUUUUAUUUUGGGGGGAUUGGUGUUGCAAAGAGCGGUAGGGGAGAUGGAAAGUGGAGGUUUGAGUGAAUUCCCUCUCCUGAUGUGAAUUAACGCGGUCCUUCUCGGCAUCAGAGGGAUGGUUUCUGUGUGCCCACCAGAGUGAGGCACCGCCGGCUGCCGACGCGACCUGUUGCGGGCUUUGGUUUGGUGAGCGCUACAAAAAGUGCGCGUUGGAUUAUCAAACAGCGGAGAACGGAUCCUAUGUGUUUUUUGUUUUUUUUGCGUUUCAUUUAAGAAAACUUUAUGACCGUUUGACUCACGGUGUUUCCCAGAGUUCCCAGUUGAUUGACUGUUUACACCCGGAGCGGUUGGGUGAACGACGUGUUGCGUUCCGUGUUUUUCACCCUGAGAUCCAUGACGUGACACAGCCAACCGAAGGCGUGAAGGUCUUUUAGACUCUCACUUCUUUGUUUUUUAUACAUUACAACGAACAUGGGUUUUCCUAUAAGGAUGGACUAACUACCGAUACCCCCCUAUACCGCCGUCAACGCGUGCAAAAGUACCCACCGUGCGCUCCUCCUUGCCCGCGGGAGCUAACCCCUCUGCUUCCCCCUCCCCCCCACCCUCGUUUCGUUUUUGUCUCCCUUUGAUCGGGGCAGAAUGGCCCGGUUCGGGGACGAUGUUCCGGGCUUGCUUGGCUCCGGGGACGGCGGCUCCGAGCGCAACCGGAAUCGGGAUGGAGCGACCGUGUCCACGGGGGGCAUCUCGCCCGCAUUCAAGCAGACCAAAGCGCAGCGGGCCCGCACCAUGGCCCUGUACAACCCCAUCCCCGUCCGGCAGAACUGCCUCACCGUCAACCGCUCCCUCUUCAUCUUCGGGGAGGACAACGUGGUCAGGAAGUAUGCGAAGAAGAUCACCGAGUGGCCUCCAUUUGAAUACAUGAUCCUGGCCACCAUCAUCGCCAACUGCAUCGUCUUGGCCCUGGAGCAGCAUCUCCCCGGAGAGGACAAGACUCCGAUGUCCAAGAGACUGGAAAAGACGGAGCCAUACUUCAUCGGCAUGUUCUGCCUCGAGGCCGGGAUUAAGAUCAUCGCCCUGGGCUUUGUGUUCCACAAGGGCUCCUACCUGAGGAAUGGGUGGAACGUCAUGGACUUCAUCGUGGUCCUCAGCGGGAUCCUGGCCACAGCAGGGGCCCAUAUGAACAUACCCGUGGACUUGAGGACCCUGAGGGCAGUGCGCGUGCUGAGACCCCUAAAGCUGGUAUCAGGCAUCCCUAGUCUCCAGAUCGUCCUGAAGUCCAUCAUGAAGGCCAUGGUUCCUCUGCUCCAGAUCGGCAUGCUGCUUUUCUUCGCCAUCCUCAUGUUCGCCAUCAUCGGCCUGGAGUUCUACAGCGGCAAGCUGCACCAGACCUGCAGGCCCCAGCUGGGGAUUCUGGAGAACCAGACGGUGGACUCGUCCCUGUCCGACUUCCCCUGUGGGGUGCGCCAGUGUCCGGACAAGUACACCUGCACCGAGGGCUGGAUCGGACCCAACGACGGCAUCACCCAGUUCGACAACAUCCUGUUCGCCCUACUCACUGUGUUCCAGUGCAUCACCAUGGAGGGCUGGACCACGGUGCUCUAUAAUACCAACGAUGCCUUGGGGCCGGCGUGGAACUGCCUCUACUUCAUCCCCCUCAUCAUCAUCGGGUCCUUCUUCGUGCUGAACCUGGUGCUGGGAGUCCUCUCUGGGGAGUUUGCCAAGGAGAGGGAGAGAGUGGAGAACCGGAGGGCCUUCAUGAAGCUACGGCGCCAGCAGCAGAUCGAGAGGGAGCUCAACGGCUACCGCGCCUGGAUAGACCGAGCAGAGGAGGUGAUGCUCGCUGAGGAGAAUAAGAAUUCAGGAACUUCUGCUCUGGAUGUCUUGAAGAGAGCCACGACCAUCAAGAGGAGGGGUCUGGACGUGCCGCGCGGGGGCCCCUCGGAUGAGGAUUCGUACGGGGACAUCUCGUCUGUAGGUAUCCCCAUGCCCAGAGCCAGCAUCAGGAGUGCCAAGCGCGGCCCCACGGCGUACUUCCGACGGAAGGAGCGUCUCCUGCGUGUCUCCAUCCGGCGCAUGGUGAAGACCCACACCUUCUACUGGACCGUGCUGAGCCUGGUGGCCCUCAACACCAUGUGUGUGGCCAUCGUCCACCACAACCAGCCCCCCUGGCUCUCCGUCUUCCUGUACUAUGCAGAGUUCCUGUUCCUGGCGUUGUUCGCGACCGAGAUGUUCCUGAAGAUGUACAGCCUGGGCCCACGCCUCUACUUCCACUCCUCCUUCAACCGCUUCGACUGCAGCGUGAUCGUGGGGAGCAUCUUUGAGGUGCUGUGGGGUUUCUUCAGGCCCGGCACCUCGUUCGGCAUCAGCGUGCUUCGCGCCCUGCGACUGCUGAGGAUCUUCAAGAUCACCAAGUACUGGGCGUCUCUAAGGAACCUGGUGGUGUCUCUGAUGAACUCCAUGAAGUCCAUCAUCUCCCUCAUCUUCCUCCUCUUCCUCUUCAUCGUGGUGUUUGCACUGCUUGGCAUGCAGCUCUUCGGUGGCAGGUUCAUCUUUGAAGACUACACUCCAACAAACUUUGACACCUUCCCUGCAGCCAUCAUGACCGUCUUCCAGAUCCUAACCGGAGAGGACUGGAACGAGGUGAUGUACAACGGGAUCCGCUCCCAGGGAGGAGUGGGGUCGGGCAUGUGGUCUUCCAUCUACUUUAUAGUCCUCACCCUGUUUGGAAACUACACGCUCCUCAAUGUCUUCUUGGCCAUCGCUGUGGAUAACCUAGCUAAUGCACAAGAACUCACCAAGGACGAAGAGGAGGCUGAGGCCGCCUUCAACCAGAAGCAUGCGCUCCAGAAGGCCAAGGAGGUGGGAGCCAUGUCCUCCCUCAUGUCUUCAGAUGGCAGUCGGAGGAGAAGGCCCUACCUGUACAGGAAGAGGGCCAUCCACCGCAGCCGGCCGGCCCACUCCUACUCCCUGGAGGAGAGCCAGGGCAGCUUCCGGGAGGCCUUCCCGCCGCCCCCUCUCAACCCCUGUAACUCUUUCAUGUCCAGGAGGGAGCGGCGGCGACGCAUGACCAUGUCCGUGUGGGAGCAGCGGACCAGCCAGCUGCGGAGGCACCGGCAGAUGUCCAGCCGGGAGGUGCUGCACAACAGCACCGGCGGCGAGGAGGCCAAGGACGGAGCCGCCGCCGCCGCCGCCGCCGCCGCCGCCACCACGCCGCCACCGGGGGCCCUCCCGCACCCGCUGUCCGUGCACGGCAAACACAACCAGAGCACCCCUCUGGGCAGCCUCAAGCGCCUGGCCGCGGCGGACCCCCUGGCCUCGCCGAACCCCCCGCCCCCGACGGAUCCCACGGGUCCUUCGGGCGAGGCCCUCGCUCUCUCCCCCCCGGACGCCCUCCCGGCGGUGGCUGCGGACGCCGCGUCGGACCGCGACGACGCGGCGUCGCGCCCGGAGCCCCCCUUGACCCUGGCGGUGCCGGAGCCGCCGCCCGAGCCGGAGCCGGCGGCGGAGAGGGGGGGCCACUACGGCCCCGUCAACGGGUGCCGGAGCCCCAUGCGGAACGGCGAGCGGCGGCACCGCGCCGCGAAGAAGUUCCGCCCGCCCGCCGCCGGGGACGCCCUGACCCCGGAGAUGGCGGGGGGUCACGGCGCGCCGGUCAGGGGCCGGAGGAGGGGGGGGCCGGCCGGGGGCAGGGGUCAGGGGGGCCAGCGCUCGGCCAGCAGGUCCGUCAGCCGGGAGCGGAGGUCGAGGAGCGGGGGGGAGGAGGAGGAGGAGGAGGAGGAGGAGGCCGGGGGGGAGAAGCUCGGAGGGGGGAGACCAAAGGGAGAACACAGUUCUGACCCAGGUCUGUCAGAGGGCCAGAACCAGACCCACGCCCCCUGCCCUCAGAACCAGGGGGGCCAGGCAGAGCAGUGGGAGCCCCCCGGUCUCCGGCCACCCUCUCCCCCUGGUGAUGACAGCGGAGGUCCCGACCACAGCGCCGCCCUGUGCCUGGACCAGGACCAGCUGGGCUCCAGUGUGACCAUAGACAUGCCCAACGUACACUCUGCCAUGGAGCUCUCCACUAUCACAGUGAACAGUAAGGAUUCGGAGGGCUGUCCGUCAGAGAAGGGGGAGACGGAGGACAGCAAGCCCGUCAGCACCGUCCCCCCUAACAGCAUGUUCAUCUUCAAACCCAACAACCCGGUGCGGCGGGCCUGCCACUAUGUGGUGAACCUCCGGUACUUUGAGACCUGCAUCCUGCUGGUCAUAGCUGCCAGUAGCAUAGCGCUGGCAGCCGAGGACCCUGUUGAUACCGCCUCGGGCUGGAACAAGGCGCUGCGAUAUUUUGAUUAUGUGUUUACUGGAGUCUUCACCUUUGAAAUGAUUAUCAAGAUGAUUAACAUGGGUCUGAUCCUCCACGACGGCUCAUACUUCAGAGACCUCUGGAACAUCCUGGACUUCAUCGUUGUGAUCGGAGCGCUGGUGUCUUUCGCCCUCACCAAUGUGUUGGGGAACAAUAAGGGCCGGGACAUUAAGACCAUCAAGUCUCUGAGAGUUCUGCGCGUCCUCAGACCGCUGAAGACCAUCAAGAGGCUCCCUAAACUCAAGGCCGUGUUCGACUGCGUGGUCACGUCUCUGAAGAACGUCUUCAACAUCCUGAUCGUCUACAAACUCUUCAUGUUCAUCUUCGCCGUCAUCGCCGUGCAGCUCUUCAAGGGGAAGUUCUUCUACUGCACCGACGGCUCCAAGGACACGGAGAAAGACUGCCAGGGCUACUACAUCGACUACGGGAAGGACAAGAAGGAGGUGAAGAGGCGGGACUGGAAGAGACACGAGUUCCACUACGACAGCGUGGUCUGGGCCCUGCUGACCCUGUUCACCGUGUCCACCGGGGAGGGAUGGCCGCAGGUUCUGCAGCACUCUGUGGACGUGACGGAGGAGGACAGAGGACCCAGCCGGGGCAACAGGAUGGAGAUGUCCAUCUUCUACGUCAUCUACUUUGUGGUGUUCCCCUUCUUCUUCGUCAACAUCUUUGUGGCGCUCAUCAUCAUCACCUUCCAGGAACAGGGGGACAAGAUGAUGGAGGAGUGUAGCCUGGAGAAGAACGAGCGGGCCUGCAUAGACUUUGCCAUCAGCGCCAAGCCACUGACCAGAUACAUGCCCCAGAACCGCCACACCUUCCAGUACCGUCUCUGGCACUUCGUGGUCUCGCCCUCCUUCGAGUACACCGUGCUGGCCAUGAUCGCCCUCAACACCAUCGUGCUGAUGAUGAAGUACUAUUCAGCCCCACCGGCCUACGAUGCAGUCCUGAAGCACCUGAACACAGCCUUCACCGUUCUCUUCUCCGUCGAGUGCAUCCUCAAGAUCAUGGCCUUUGGCUUCCUGAACUACUUCAGAGACACCUGGAACAUAUUCGACUUCAUCACCGUCUUGGGAAGCAUUACGGAGAUCGUGGUCAUGCAGUCGGACGACACGUUCAACAUGAGCUUCCUGAAGCUGUUCCGCGCGGCGCGGCUGAUCAAGCUGCUGCGGCAGGGCUACACUAUCCGCAUCCUGCUGUGGACCUUCGUCCAGUCCUUCAAGGCCCUGCCCUACGUCUGCCUGCUCAUCGCCAUGCUCUUCUUCAUCUACGCCAUCAUCGGCAUGCAGGUGUUUGGGAACAUAAAGCUGGAUGAGGAAACGCAUAUCAAUCAACACAACAACUUUAGGACCUUUUUUGGUGCUCUGAUGCUGCUCUUCAGGAGUGCUACAGGGGAGUCGUGGCAGGAGAUCAUGCUGUCCUGUCUUGGGGGGCAGCGCUGUGAGCUGCCCGCCUCUCAUACUCCUGCGCUGCUGACCUCCGACCAGGAGGGGGGCUGUGGGACCGACUUUGCAUACUUCUAUUUCGUCUCCUUCAUCUUCUUCAGCUCCUUCCUGAUGCUGAACCUGUUUGUGGCGGUGAUCAUGGAUAACUUUGAGUACCUGACCAGAGACUCCUCCAUCCUGGGCCCUCACCACCUGGACGAGUUUGUGCGCAUCUGGGGGGAGUACGACCGGGCUGCGUGUGGUCGUAUCCAUUACACUGACAUGUAUCAGAUGUUGACCAACAUGUCGCCACCUCUAGGCCUGGGCAAGAAAUGCCCCUCCAAGUUGGCCUAUAAGAGGCUGGUUCUCAUGAACAUGCCCGUGGACGAGGGGAUGAAGGUCCACUUCACCUCCACCCUCAUGGCUCUCAUCCGCACCGCCCUAGAGGUCAAGAUAGCCAGAGGGGGUGAGGAUCGGGGUCAGAUGGACAUCGACCUGCAGAAGGAGAUCGCUGUGAUCUGGCCCCACGUUUCCCAGAAGAACCUAGACCUGCUGGUUCCCAUCCACAAAGCCAGCGAUAUGACCAUCGGGAAGAUCUACGCCGCCAUGAUGAUCAUGGAUUAUUACAAGCAGAGCAAAGCCAAGAAGCUCCGGCAGCAGCUGGAGGAUCAGAAACACGCUCCGAUGUUCCAGCGUAUGGACGCGUCCUCUCUGCCGCAGGACAUCCUGUGCAGUGCCAAGACGCUGCCCUUCCUAACGCACAGCGCCGGAUCAGCCCUUACCAGGGGAGGUUUUGUGGCCCUCAGCCCCAUCUCCCCUCAGGACAUGUUCCUGCAGCGUCCCUUGUCUCACACCCUUGAUAAGGAGGAGGAGGAGGACUACCACCACCCACCCUACAGACGCUACCACCACCCCAUCCAGCAGCACCCCCACCACCACAUGCACACACUGGUACCCGAGGUGGUGGAGUACGACAGGGUGAUGAAACAGACUGCCGCACAGGACCCCGCUGCUGUGAUCAGAUCUCCGGGGAGGACCGCCUCCAUCCGGGCCUCCUCCAUGCCCAGGCUGGCUGUGGCGGACCCCCAGUCGGGAGCAGCAGCAGACAGUAAGCUGAUGAAGCGCUCCUUCUCCACCAUCGGGGACCAGUGUGUGAACGGCCUGUGGCAGGAGGAGCACUCCCUGGAGAAGAUCAGCCCUGACUGUGCCUACCGGCCGCGCCAGAGGAGCUACCGAGGGCCCAGAGUGACCCACAAAGAGGCCGGGGCCCACGAGAGAGGCCGCUCAAAGGAACGGCGCCACCUGCUGUCGCCUGACGUGUCGCGGUGCAACUCAGAGGAGCGCAGCCAGGACCAAUCCAGCGAGAGGAGGCGUUCCCGUUCGCCCAGUGAGGGGCGGGCGAGGGACCUGCAGAGACAGGCCGCCGCCCCCGGCAGCCCGGCGCACUCGGCCACCGACGGCGGGACGCCGCGCGGCCGGCGGCAGCUCCCCCAGACGCCGUCCCGCCCGCGGCCCUUCAUCUCCUACUCCCCCCUGGUGUCCCGGGGGGCCGACCCGUCCUCCACCCCCCCGGCGGCGCCCUCCUCCACCACCACCACCACCACCACCACCAUGCAGCCCCCCCAGGACCCCCACCCCGGGGGCUUCGUCGAGGGCCCCUGGAGGGCGGAGCGGGAGGGGGGUGCUCACCCAGCUGCAGCGGUGGCGGCGCCAGGAGCGGGGUCGCCUCCCUCCGGCCCCGAGGGUCCCGGCGGCGGCCCCCCGGCAGGGCUCCACUCCUCGCCACACCGCUACAUCUCGGAGCCCUACCUCCCCUUCCACCAGGGCCCCCACGGCGGCGGCGGCGGCGGCGGCGGGGGGGCCGGGGGGGAGGCGGGCGACGGCGAGGAGACUCUGACGUUCGAGGCCGCCAUAGCGACCAGCCUGGGCCGCGCCAACGCCAUCAGCUCGGCCCCCCAGCUCAGACACUCCUGGCAGGUGCCCAACGGCCACUUCAUGAAGCACCGCGCGCCGGCCAGCGCCGCCGGCGCCGGACAGCCGGUGAGCGACACGGACGAGGACGACCGUUGCUAAGGACCAGGAGGACGGGAAAGACGGGAGAGGAUGGAGAGGAGAGGGGUAAGGCGCUGAGGUCCGGGUCACCUGCCGCUGAGCAUCUUCCUCAGCCCCUCGGUGCCUCUCGCUGACUGGAUGAUGUCAUUGCUGGCGGUGUAAACACGGACAGUACUGUGUGUGUGUGUGUGUGUGUGUGUGUGUGUGUGUGUGUGUGUGUGUGUGUGUGUGUGUGUGUGUGUGUGUGUGUGUGUGUGUGUGUGUGUGUGUGUGUGUGUGUGUGUGUCAGUUUGUGGAUGUGCGUAUGAAUGUACCAAAGUUGAAAUAAAAAAUAUGAAUAAGAACAAUGCCUCAACGGAUAAAUAUGGAGAAGGACUCCGAGUUAGGUUUGAACGUGCUGUGGUGAUAGAACUAAAGGUCCUGGUAAUGAAAUCAUGGGACUGUGGGGAAACAUAUGAUUUGUAUAAAGGAAGAAACGAAUACCAAAAUAAAUCAAGAGGGACAUAAGUAAUUUUCUUUACAUAUUUAUUAUGUCUUAUCUAUGAAUUAUCAUGUAAUAUUUUCAUUUAUUUAUUAUUUCAAUUUGCUUGCAGAUAUUUAUAUAGUUUGUUAUCUACAAAUACCUUUUAUUUGUUUAUUUGAUGAGGCAUCGACUCAUUAAUUACUUAAUUUAUUAAUGUAUGAAAUUCUGUGGCCCUGUGUAUGUGUAUCCUGUGUGUGCUUCCUAGCAGCAAGAUUUCCAAAACAAAGAAAAGGUUCAAACACCUACUGUGCUGUAAGUCAGGGGUUUGGCACCUUGCGUUCCCACACACACUUGAAAUGGUGUCGACGGUUGUUGGGACAUGUGCAUUAGGAUUACAACUCACGGGUGGUUUAAUGGCUUGUUGGACUUGAGGGACAGCCUACGGCGCAUUGUGUGUUGGUGAACAUAAAGUAGCAUGUGCAAUUAAUGUGAGGAAUGUAUUUUAACUCCAGGUGAACCAGAACGUUGUUGUCGAUGUUACCUCCAGCUGGGCGAUGAAAGGGGUUUGGUUUUAUGGGUUUUAUUAGUGUCAACGACCAUGGAAGUACAGUUACUGUCAACAAAAACGGGACGAUAAUACAUGGACUUCCACAUGGUGAGAAGAAACGCUUCAAACCACCUUUACAACAUGAGCCCCAAGGAGCUCUAAUAAACCCUGAAGUGGCGGACAUUGUUUCUCCGCUCGGCCUGUGUUUGACGGACGAAUUGACCGCAUCACGCAGUGUCAUGCUGCGUAGCGUGGGUGAGGCAGAGGAGCACGGUGGCACUGUAGCAUUGUAGUUAUUAUUUUUGUAUCUCCAAACACCUCAUCUCUCGUCCCAGCGCCAAUGGACUAUAAAAUGACACCCCCUACUACACGAAGAUCAUGCUUGGCCAUAGUCUGUUCAGUUCUGGGAUUAACGAGCAAGACCAGGGCUGCCACUGCUUCCACCUGAUGAUCAGGCAGACUGCAGAGUCCUCCCGCUCCAGUUGCUGGAUCUGUCAGCCCUCUGCCCUCCGUCAGUGUUGUGAGUGACUGGGAGAAAGAAGAAAUACAAGAGCCAUUCUCUCUUCUUGGACCUGGAGUCUCCGGGGUGGUUUCGGUCAUCCGUUUGACAGGCUAUGAUCAUGUGUUGAGGGAAUUGCCAUUUUUUUUACAUGUAGUGCAAACAAUUUCACCAAAAUUACUAACAGGACUCACUGCAGUUUCAUGCCAUAAUUAUUCAUUUCACACAUCUGAAGGAUGACAUUUGCCAUUUUCCAGUUCAGAACACAUGCAAGUCAUAGCUGUUUAAAAAAAUCUUGUAACUUCCAGAAGGGUGCUUUGCAGGCAAGAGAAUAAUAUUGCAAUUCCAAGACUUAAUAACACUUCAUCUUCAAUUCAAUGAUUCUAUUUUGACCACAUAGGAGGUGUGAAUUAUUCUGCAUCCUCAACUGUUCAUGUGAAAAAGCAACGUUGCUGACAUUUAAAUUCCCAUGCAACUUUGAUGAAGUGUUAGCAAAGAUGAUGGUUGUGAAGAUUGUGAUUAUCGAAUGGUGAUGAUGUUUACUGUGGAAUAUAAUGUAAGAUGUGCCUGACUCAGAGAUGCCUGUUUUUCGUUUUCAUUAGGCUGCAUACAUGACAUAGUACGUGACAUAGUAAUCAUCGAAUGGCCCUGCGCUAACUAUAUUUGUUUUGAAAUUCCAACUUGUUGAAACUUCCCAGCAUAUUAACAUUAGUGUCCCUUUUUAAAAUCCAUUCACGUUUAUAUCAUACGUUGUUGUGUCGUACUAUACUAAGUUGAACUUGUUGCUGAAAUGUGAAUUGGCUGCGGAGACACAGGAACAGUACAGGCAUUCCACGCACACACACGAGUCGGCCUGUGGAUAAGGUAUCGCCCUUUUAACAUUUUACACUGAAGAUUGAAUUUCAAGGCCCACUUUUGAACAUACACUGGUGACGCGUGUAGAGUGGUUCUUUCUGUUGCCCGUUCCGUGUACAGUACAACACAAGGAACAAUCUUCUCAAAGACCGAUCUUCCGAAUCUCAGUCUGUACAUUCAGAGUGAAGCAUACGUCUAGGAAAUCCGGGCCAAGUCUGGAGCUUGAUUUCCUUGGCUAGAGAAGCGAUUGGGUAUAAAUAUGUAGGAUCAAUUGUAUAAAAUAAAUUCAUGUCAAUUUAUUGCGCCGUCUAUAUUGUAUUUCAAUAUUGAUGCCUGUCUUUGAAACUCUGAAAAAGAAGUGUUUGAAUAUCUGUUUAAAGGACCAUUAAAGCGUUGAUUUGUCUUUAA